AUGUACGCUCAAGAGAAGGAUGAAGAAAGAAAGGGCUGUUUGCUUGCUCAUGUCGAGGUCGGUAUUUCCUACGUACUACGGUACUACUACUACUACUACUACUACUACUACUACUACUACUACUACGACUACGACUACGACUACGACUACUACUUACUAGUCGUAAAAGAAUCAAAAACUGGGGUAGAGAGCGUAAUCAGAGACACCACCACUGCCUCUAGCUCUGUGGCGAUUGGCGAACUCUGCACUACCACGACCACGACACGACAUAGAUCUGUUUGCGUCAAUUGUUUCCUGUCGAUAUCCCCGGUCCCUCGUGUCCUUUCGUAUCGCCGGUGUUUCUCGCUGUCGCGCAAUUUUCCGCCCUUUUCAUCGGAAUCAGUCAAUCAAUCAAUCAAUCAAUCACGCAAUCCUAGUUUUUCCCGCCAGGUUCAAAAUCCUCCGGUUGAAUACCAUCUUCGAGCUGGUUCUGCAAUCCUUUUGAGACCACACGCAUCAUCUCGUCCACGCCUUCCUUCCGCCAAAUCCAUCUUCCUUUUUCACCACCAAUACCACCUCUCCCACGUUCGACCUCAAUCUCAACCGCAACUGAAACCCCUACUCCAUUCGUACUCCCUUCUACACAUACAUACGACAUUUUCACACCCACUCGCGCCUUCUCGACAGUCAUUCAAAAUGGCUUUCCAGUACGACCCAAAUCAGCAGCAGCCCCAGUUCCAACAGGAGAACAACGGUAACGGCGGCGGUAUGCAACAACAGCAAGGUCCUCCUCCUCCUCAGGGAAUGGCUCCUCCUCAACAGCAAGGUAUGCAACAAGGUAUGCAGCAAGGCGGCCAAGAGGGUACCUCACCUGCCCCGUUCGCUCAACAAGGUGGCAACCCAGACGGCUCCAGUGGCAGUGUCAGCGGUGAUGCCAAGACAACUCUCUGGAUGGGGGAGCUCGAGCCAUGGAUUGAUGAGAACUUUGUUCGCUCCGUCUGGUUUGGUAUGGGUGAGCAGGUCAACGUCAAGAUGAUUCGCGACAAGUUCUCUGGCAACGCCGGAUACUGUUUCAUCGACUUCUCUUCCCCUGCCGCCGCAGCGAAGGCUCUUUCGCUUAACGGCUCGAUGAUUCCCAAUACGGCCCGCCCCUUUAAGCUUAACUGGGCUUCUGGUGGUGGACUCGCAGAUAGACGCGAUGAUCGUGGCCCUGAGUACUCGAUCUUUGUCGGUGAUCUUGGCCCGGAGGUCAAUGAAUACGUCCUGGUGUCUCUGUUCCAGGCUCGCUUCCCAUCAUGCAAGUCCGCCAAGAUCAUGACCGACCCCAUUUCUGGCAUGUCUCGCGGCUACGGCUUCGUCCGUUUCGCCGACGAGGGUGAUCAACAACGUGCUUUGACCGAGAUGCAAGGCGUCUACUGUGGUAACCGUCCUAUGAGAAUCUCUACUGCCACACCUAAAAACAAGGCUGGUGGUGGUGGGCCAGCAGGUAUGCCUAUGCAACAAGGUGGUCCUAACAUGGGUCCCGGCAUGCCAGCCGCUCCUGGUAUGUACAGCAUGGGUGCUCCUCCCCCAAUGCAAUAUGGCGGUGGAUAUGGCCAACAGCAACCAAUGAACCAAUUCACCGACCCCAACAACACCACUGUUUUCGUCGGUGGUCUGUCUGGCUACGUUACCGAGGAUGAGCUUCGCUCCUUCUUCCAGGGCUUUGGUGAGAUCACCUACGUCAAGAUCCCUCCCGGAAAGGGUUGCGGUUUCGUCCAGUUCGUCCAACGCCACGCUGCCGAGAUGGCCAUCAAUCAAAUGCAGGGCUAUCCCAUCGGUAACUCUCGCGUCCGCCUUUCAUGGGGCCGCUCGCAAAACAACUCCGGACCCGCUGGUACUCCCUACCGUCCUGCUCCCCCUCCGCCUCAAUACUCGUCUAUGGGAAUGCCUCCAGCUCAUCCAUACGGUCAAUUCCAACCUCUCCAGUCAAUGCGCGAUGUCCAUGCUGAUGAGCCCACUUCAACUUCGACUCGCAACUUUCCAUCGGCUGUUACCUGGUCUUCUAACAAUCUUCGGCUCUGUCCCUCCGGUACUUCUCUCGAUAUUCUCUUCCCGCACAUCCGGCGUUCUGGUCGUUCCUACUUCAACAUCACAGUCAUGAUACGCGCAUCUGAUGCAAUUCCUUGGCAUGGUAUAGCGUACUUCUCUUGCGGAUACCCCCAUUGCGUGGACAUGAAGAGGAGGAUAGGAUACUCUGGCGUUUGCACUCUCCUGCUUUGUAUCUCGGUUCUUCUUCCAGGCUGGCCAUAUAAGCGAUGCGUUCUCCUGCGUUUGCGACCUGUUCUCCCUGCGGUUGGCCAUAUACGCGAUUCCCUCCCAUGCGCUACAACUCGGUCUUCUUCUCCGCCCUGGACAUAUUCGCGAUUCCCUCUCUUCCCUAUCCUCGGUUUCUACUUGGAGGAGGCUUGGCGUUAUUAG